GUAAACGGGAGGUAGGGAUUAAGACCCGUUAGCAUCUGGGUAGUGGGCACCAAGGUGGUCAUGUGUGUUCCAAUCCCAUAGCCAUCGGUCGCAUUGACAGACAAGGGAGAGGAGAGAGCGAGAGAAAGAACUAGCUACUAUAAGUCUGUCUCCAUUCUGUUCCACAGGACAACUUCGGGAGCCCACUUAGCGAGCUUAAUAGAGAGGGACUGAAUCUGGCGUUGUGUUUUGCCUCUGUUCUCAGUAAAUGCUUCAAGGUCAGCUGGGCUUUAUCUCUAAAAAGGGAUUCAAGGGGGAUGUCUGAGGAGGCUGUUCGCCAGACGCGCAGUCAGAAGAGGGCGCUAGUGAGAGAAGUCCCUCCCACUGAGUCUGACCGCAAGAAGCCCAAACUAGACCGGGCAGAGAUUGGAGCUCCAGACCAGGAUGAUGAGAGCUCAACUGAACCGAAACCACAACCCGAAACCACAAAAGAUGACCUAGACCAAUUUAAACAUGUGGUCAUGCCUGAGAAGGCACCAGAACUACCCAAGUUAAAAUUAUCGCUAGUGUUACCAUCCCAACCAGCAAAGGAGCCAGAGCGGGACUGGGCCCCGAAACGGUCAGACCCAAGCUUAGACAACCGGACUGAGAGGAAUGACCACAGCGACCAGGUUAGGGUGAAGAGUGAGGUGCCUCUAGCUGGGCGGAACAGGACCGUGAAGUUGGAACCGAUGGUGGCUAGUGGUAUGAUGACGGCAACGGAGGUGAAGGCUACCAUUAAAGUUGAGGUCCAGACAAGAGAGCAGGCGCUGGACAUGAGCACCUCUAGAGGCACUUUAAAGAGGGAGAAGUGUUCCCUGUCCCCAGACGAUGAUGUCAUUGUCCUGUCGGACAAUGACUCCUGCAGUCCGCCAAUGAACGGCUUGAACCACCUCAAGGAGCUGAACACAGACCUACUUAUGAAGACCAGUCCAGAGGACAGGGAUCGCAUCAUAAAGCGGUUGAAAGAGAAGCUGAGGCAGGAGGAGGCCAAGCUGGUGCUGCUGAAGAAACUACGACAGAGCCAGAUACAGAAGGACACACUGCAGAAGGUAUGGACGCAUAUAGCCAAGCCCUCAGUAUUGUCAGGUUCUGCAGCUCCUCCAUCUCUGAUCCGGGGAUCCAUUACAGCCAGCAAAGGCUCCCAGCAGGUGGGGUCAAGUAGGAGUUUAGGCACAGUCAUUCCUCCUCCUCUGGUGAGGGGCGGGCAGCAGAUCUCCUCCCAGCAUGGCUCCCACAACUCCCAGAUCAUCAUGCCACCCCUAGUUCGAGGGGCACAGCCAAUUGCUGUGUCUCCUCAGCAGAUCCAGUCUCUCCGGCAGCAGCAACAGCAGCAACUGUCAGGGUCUGGCUCUGGAGGCUCUGGCCCACCUCCCCUGCUGCUGGCCUCCAGGGCCAAUGUACCCGGCACCCAGGCCCAGAGAGGCCUCAUCAGGAUGGGAAACGUCAACAAUGCCAGCCUGCUGGUCAACAUCUCACAGUCCUCUCUCCCCCAGGCCUCCGCAACUAACAUGAAGGUUCCUUCCAUGACCUCCCAGUCUGGAAACAGCAGUGUGUCUGUGGUCAACGUGAACCACUCUCCUGCUGCCUGUCAGGCCGCAGCUAAGCAAGCCCUGCGUAAGCAGCUGGAGAAGACCCUUCUGGAGAUCCCUCCUCCCAAACUUCCCACCCCAGAGCUCAACUUCCUGCCCUCGGCAGCCAACAACGAGUUCAUCUACCUGGUGGGCCUGGAGGAUGUGGUGCAGAACCUGCUGGACUCUAUGAUGAGAGCUAAGACAGGGAAGCCCCCGGUCAAGCCCUCCAUCAAAGAGCCCUUCACCUGCACCCAGUGCAGCACCGAUUUUACCUGCCGUUGGAGGCAAGACAAGGCCAAGGGCGGGACCAUCCUCUGUGCGGAUUGCAUGUCCUCCAAUCAGAAGAAGGCCCUGAAGGCCGAGCACACCAAUAGGCUGAAGGCUGCGUUUGUCAAGGCCCUGCAGCAGGAACAGGAGAUCGAGCAGCAGAUCCUCCAGCAGGCUGCCUCUCCCGUCUCUCACACCCCCUCCUCCUCUUUCUCCUCUUCAUCCACCUCUCCGUCGGUGAAGGCGGAGCAUCUAGUGUCCCAGCAACUGAAACAGGCCCAGGCUAGGGCCUCCUCUCUGCAUCACCAUCACCAACAGCACAACAGAGGACAGAGCAUUGCACGCCACCACUCAACCAACAUCAAACAGGGCCAGCUCUCCCGUGGCAGUGUCCCGUCUGUUGGGGUGAGGGGCGUGUCCCACUCUUUCUCCUCCUCUCAGCUGCAGAGUGCAGUGGCCGCUGCAGGCUUGGUCAGCCGGCCAGGUAAGCAUGCCCAUGUGCGCUCGGCUGCCCAGGGUUCAAAGGGCAGCUCCAGUGGGAACAGCAGCGGUGGUUGCGCCCAAGCCACUGCAUGGAGGAAGCAGAACAACAUCAACACAGGUGUGACCAUGGCCUAUGUGAACCCCAGCCUGUCAGUCCAUAAGACCUCGUCCACAGUGGACGCCCGGCAGAGAGAGUACCUCCUGGACAUGAUCCCCUCGCGCUCCGUCUCCCAGACAGCUAACACGUGGAAAUAAUCAUCUCAUACUCAUUAUCAAUAACCUUUAACCUUUUACCAAUAGCUACUGUUGUCAACGCAAACAAUGCAAUUUACGGUUAAGGAAACGCAGUCUUCAAACUUUUGAGGAGAAUCAUUCUCCUUUUUUGUUUUUGUUUCUCUUAUGUUAUUUUUCAUGUCUAUUGUUUGUUCUGAAGUUCACCGAUGUUUGGUCAAUGUGUAUAAACAGCGAUUUACUCCGAAGGAAAGAAAUAAACGUGCCUAAAGGGCUUCCUUCCAUAUGUUCGUCAGCCACGAUGUCUGCGAGUUCAUGAUGGUUUGAGAAAGAAAUAAACGUGCCUAAAGGCUUCCUUCCAUAUGUUCGUCAGCCAUGAUGUCUGCGAGUUCAUGAUGGUUUGAGAAUGCUGCUUUUCUCUCAAGAACUCAUGAGACGGCGUUCUGACAACUGUGCGUUGAUAUCCGACCAUGAAAACGAUGUAUGGAGCUUUACCUAUUGGACGGAACAAUGAGCUGAUUGCCCUUUUGUCAUCACAGACUCCGCAAUGGGAUGCAGACAAACUGUCGGGGUGUGUUCAAGAUUAAAUGACUGACUAGUUGAACUGUUUGCCUUAUAUUCAAGAGUACCCCCCAAAAAUAUAAAAGACAAAAAAUAUGAUCAAUAAACAUCCUCUUUAACUGAAAAGUUAGCUUUUUACAACCAAAUCUCUAUUUUUUGAUGUAAAUUGCAUGUUAUAGAAGGGUCCACACACUUUCUGCGAUUUCCCUUCAAAAAAAAUUGUACUUACCUGAACCAACAAUUCACUUCAUGUUCAUUGUCCAGUACGGGGGCUCUGAAAAAACAUGAACAAAUGCUCCAAAAACACCUAAAUACGGAAACGCUCUCAGUAUAGUGACGCAGGUCUUUAGAUGUUGUACACAUGCAAUUGUGUCAUUCCAAACUUCAUCCGCAUCGUUAUAUUCCAUUGUGUACAACAUCUAAAGACCUGCAUCACAAUAGAGCAUUCCAGUCUCUACAAGGGUGUUUUUGGAGCAUUUGUUCAUGUCUUUUCAGAGCCCCCCGUAUGGCACAACGAGGGUGAAUGGCUGUUUGGGGUAAGUUUCUCAAAAACAAGUGAAACUGGGGGAAAAAGUGUCUCGGCCUUUCGAAAAGAUGCUAUUUGCUUAUAGAAAAGGAAAAUUAUCUUUUUAAAGAAACUGAGCAGUGAUGUUUUCAGUGAAUAAACUCAAACGGUUGAUUUAGAUUUGUUGGGGUAUUUACAGUAAGUUAUUGGUUAUUUUUUGGGACUGAUGUAUAAAUGAACAAUUCCUGUUUUGGUGUUAUGGUUUUAAAAACUGAACAAGUAAUACUAGCCUCAUACACAUGUAUGUUAUUCAGCUAUUUACAGUUUGACAGAGCCUCUCUCCUUUCAUAUGUUUUACAUACGCAGAACAAGUAGAGAUGAUCUCUUUAUUAUAUUGUCUGUAGCCUCUGCUUUGGUUUUACAUGAUUUAAUUCCCGAGUUGCCCCUUCGUAUGUGUAAUAACAUGUCUGUAAAGAGAACUAGUGGCAUAAUAAAGACUGUCUGAAUUACAUGCAAACAAAGUUUCAGUGGAAGACAAUACUCACACAGGAGUCCUAUCCCAGAUCAUUUUACAAAAUGUUCUCAUCCGGUGAUAAGAAAGUUAACAUUGCAGGUAUUGUUACCUGCUCAGGUGCAUUUCAGGUUUUGGUUUCCAUGUCAUGAAGCUUGGUUAGGUACAGCAACCUUUUGGUGAAGUUUGAGGAUGUACAAAAGACUGAGGAGAGAAUAAACAUGUCUUAUAUUGAAAUGACUCAUUGUGUAUGCUUGGCAUCAGGACCAAUAACUUGUAUCCCAGACAGGUUGCUUGGCAUCAGGACCAAUAACUUGUAUCCCAGACAGGUUGCUUGGCAUCAGGACCAAUAACUUGUAUCCCAGACAGGUUGCUUGGCAUCAGGACCAAUAACUUGUAUCCCAGACAGGUUGCUUGGCAUCAGGACCAAUAACUUGUAUCCCAGACAGGUUGCUUGGCAUCAGGACCAAUAACUUGUAUCCCAGACAGGUUGCUUGGCAUCAGGACCAAUAACUUGUAUCCCAGACAGGUUGCUUGGCAUCAGGACCAAUAACUUGUAUCCCAGACAGGUUGCUUGGCAUCAGGACCAAUAACUUGUAUCCCAGACAGGUUGCUUGGCAUCAGGACCAAUAACUUGUAUCCCAGACAGGUUGCUUGGCAUCAGGACCUGUGGUGAGGAAAUUGGGUUUACUACAGUGCUCCUGUAGGCUCCUUACUUCCUAGUCUCAUACUCGCUUUUCGGUUUUGUUCUCUUCUACUGUAAUUCUCUUCUGUAAAAGGUCCAUUGCCUGCUGUGUGGUUUAUAAAUGAAUUAACAUCUG